GUUGAACCUUGAAGGCAUCUCCAAAUUCCAAAGACUUGAAUUUUUUCAAACUUGAAUUGAAAUUCCCAAAUCGAGAACCAUGAGCUCCACAGCAGCAGCCACCACCAAAUCAGGCAGAGGCAACGUCAGAGGCACCAAGUCGGUCUCAAGAUCCCAGAAGGCCGGUCUGCAAUUCCCGGUCGGUCGCGUCGCCCGGUUCCUCAAGGCCGGUCGGUACGCUCAACGAGUCGGCAGUGGCUCCCCGGUCUACCUCUCUGCUGUCCUCGAAUACCUAGCUGCUGAGGUUCUGGAGUUGGCAGGGAAUGCUGCGAGGGACAACAAGAAGAACAGAAUCACUCCGAGACACAUUCAGCUUGCAGUGAGAAAUGAUGAGGAGUUUACGAGGCUUUUGGGGUCUGUGACGAUAGCUAAUGGAGGUGUUCUGCCUAAUAUUCAUCACAAUCUGCUUCCAAAGAAGGGUGGCAAAGCAAAGGGCGAGAUUGGUUCUGCUUCCCAGGAGUUCUAGGGUUGGUAGAUUUUGUUGUUAGGAAAAAUAAGAAAAAGAAAAAUUUGAGCCCCUUGUUCAUUAAGGCUCUUGCUUUUUGAUGGGUAGUUUAGAUUGUUAGAAGGAAGUAGAAACCUCAUAUUGUAAAGCUUUGCUUCCAGGAAGAUAACUAUGUUGUAUUCUACUGGAGUUUAUAUCGUUCAGUGCAGAUUCUAAUUUCCAAA